AUGCAGACUACAGCAGGUCGACAUUACAACUUGCUAAAGGAGACACAGGGAAAGGAUCCACCUGAAGGUGCUGAUAGUCAUUCAGUGCGUUCAACAGGGAUCGGAGCAGAAACCAAGAUGCUGACAAUGUUCUUAACUGUGUCUGUCCUCUUCGGACAUCAAGUUGCUGCUCGGGAAAAGGUGGAAGUGGUGGACAACUUCUGUGAAGAAAUUGAUUGUUCCGAACCAGAGACCGCCAUUUUGGAGAACGGUUAUGAAGAAGUUACAUUCAAUCCGACUCCAUGGCUUGAAACAGCAGUUGAUGGGAAGAAUUUGAAUGAUGCAGUGAAGGCCGGCCUUGAUCGACUUUUCAAAUAUUCACAUUUCAACAACGAUGAAGAAACAAUUGUUCCCCUCACUCCACCCUGGGGAGUCAUUGGAUGCAUAGAAGAUGGCAAAAUACAAAAUAAUUUCAAAGUAUUUGUGAUAUUACCUCCUCAUGCUAAAGAAGCACCUAAACCAACAGAUACAUUGGUUCAAAUAGGACAAAAAAUCUCUGCUCCGUUAUAUCUCAUGGCAUUUGAUGAAAGUGAUGGCAGUAACCUUAGCAGCGAAAAAUAUGAAGGCCGAGUGUUCCAAUUGAUGAAGGCUUUGGAAGCAGACAACAGACCCUUUGACAAAACUUUCUUUUACAUUGGUUGGUUUAAUGGACAUGGGCUAAUGGAAGUUGCCUUUCAAAAGAAAAUUUGAAAUUGUUCUGAAUCGUUCAGACAUCAAACAGUGAGAUGUGCUUAUUUCUAUUGUAUGGUUCUAAACAUUUUGAUCUCCCAUCUGGCACAUAUUGGAUUCAGCCUGAGUAUGUGUCAGUACUUGGUGUUUGAACAACUCCCCUAAUCUCCUCUCUUCAGACACCGAUGGCCCUGUGAACAAACACUGCCCUCCACCAGCAGUGAGAAGGAUUUGUCUCCAACCCACACAGCCUCAUUUUGACAUGGGGAGCUUUAUUCAGCUCUCUUAACUUCGACAGUCACGCGGGUUUUGCUCUUUCUGAAAUUGUUCUAAAUUCAGUUUUCAUAUUUUUUAAGUCUAAUUAUUUUAAGAAGCUUCUCUCUUGUGUGAGUUCAGUUCAAAGUGUGACAACAUAAUCCUGCGGAGGGAGAUCUUGAUUCUCAUGGGGGACUGCGGUCCUGUCAUUACCCAAUUAAAAUAAAUUGCACAGAAGACAAGGGUAAGGAAGUGACAGUGAAUUUUCUAAAGCAAUGGUGUGGCUUCAAAUAAUGUACUGCAUUCAUUUAUAAUGCAUGGAUUUGCAGAAGAGUGGAAAGGGUUGAGUGAUUCCUCUGAUGAUAUGACCUAAAAGUCUCCACACUGCACAAAUACGUCAGACUAAUCCCAAUUGUACAUGGGUGGGAGAUCCUCUAUUGGGUGAAAGGGAUUCAUGUAUUCAGCAAUUUUUCUUUUCAUUUGCUUGCUUUCAAUAAAUUUGCUCCAAACUGAGAUUGCGUAGAUUCUAGUGUCAGGUCUCGGUUCCAGAAUGUUCUACCUUCACACAGCAAAAAUUUUAUUUGUUUAUCUCAGUCACGCUCAUGAGAAUGCUUCAUAUUCCUGUGUAAAGAUGCAGAGGACUUUUUUUUCCACAACUGGAAAAAUUUCAAUCCGUGUGUGAAUAGUUAUACAUUCUGUACAGUGAAAAUACAACUGGACAAAUAUAAUUGUAUCGUUCACAGACUGUGUACAAUAUGAAGGGCAAUAUAUUCACUCAGAAACCUGGCAAUGGGACACCGAAUGUGUUUGAGACUCCAAAAUGUAGCACUUUUAAAUUGGUCCAGAUUAUCAUCCAGAGACUGAAAAUGAAACACCAUUCUGAUUUCCUCAAAAGUAUAUUCACAUUUGCAAUACUCACUGGCCAAAUCUGCGAUUUCGAAAAGGUAUUAUUCCUAUUAAAUUUGACCCACUCACAGGUUUCUGUUUUGGAGGAAAUAAGUCAUUAUUUUCUAGCCUUUGCUUCUCUGUUGUUUUCCUAAUUGCUGGAAAUGUGUACUCACUGUGAAAUAAAGGGGAAUGCAUUACAACACCUUG